GCAAUGGUGACCCACAUCCCAGCGACACCACACCCCCGACGCAUCACAUUACGUCAGACUUCAUAAUAACCCACGAGAGCGGACCUUUAUGAUUAUUAAAUUCAAAAUCGGAGGCUGUGGGCUUGUAAUUUAAAUCCGCCUCUUCGUGGCAGCGGACGUGGGCACUUCCUCGGGAUUUUUAAGUACCUCAUUUUAUUCACUCACAGGGAGAGAGUCGGCGUCUCAUGAAGGUUCCACCUAUUGCUCCUUCUAGAGGGGGGUUUAUGUAUAUUUGUUUUGUAUUUCUAAAUAAUAAACAUACGCCUGGUCAUCAUAUUGUUAAUCUGAUAUUUAUCGACCUUUAUAACCACAACAGGCAUUAAUAAAUGUUUUUAAAGACAAUUAUCUUAAAAUAUUGUUGGAUAUUUUCGGACCCCCCCCCCUGCGUCAGGUGGUACGCUCCACUCCCUGCCGUUAGCCGUUGUUGUAUUCAAUGCUACUGGAGAGAUUUGUCGCGAUACAAACUAGCUACACACUGGCCCCAAAGCUACGAAAAGAUGCUAAAUCACGGGAUUGAAUCAAUAAAACAAGCAGCAAGAAGUCUGGAAAAACUUUGUCCAACUGUGCACAAACUUUAAUAGACCACCAGCCGAAGCGCUCCCCUACAAUUCGGAGAGUGUUAGCCUUGUUUUAUCUCGCCACUCUCCCCAGUUGGACGCGCUUCUCCCUCCUGGAUCCGUCCAGUCUGAUGAAUUCGCCGAAAAAGGACGGGGACGACGACGAGCCCGUUAAAGACCCGGUGAAAUACGGCGAGCUGGUCAUUUUGGGGUACAAUGGCUCUCUUCCCAGUGGAGACCGCGGGCGCAGAAAGAGCCGCUUUGCUCUGUACCGAAGGGCCAAGGCCAACGGUGUCAAACCAAGCGCCGUGCACAUCCUCAACACGCCCCAGGACAGCAAGGCCGUGCACAGCAGGGGGCAGCACAGCAUCUCCUUCACUCUGUCCCGUAACCAGACCGUGGUGGUGGAGUACUGCCACGACAAUAACACAGACAUGUUCCAGAUCGGACGCUCCACAGAAAGUCCCAUUGAUUUUGUGGUGACGGACACAUCUGGAGGGGGGAAGGAGGCUGAGGACCCGUCCAUCGCCCCCAGCACCAUCUCACGGUUUGCCUGCAGAGUGGUGUGUGAACGCAACCCCCCCUACACCGCCCGCAUUUACGCUGCAGGCUUCGACUCCUCCAAAAACAUUUUUCUGGGGGAGAAAGCAACCAAAUGGAAAAACCCUGAUGGACACAUGGACGGGCUGACCACCAAUGGGGUGCUAGUGAUGCACCCUGAAGGAUUCCCAGAGGAUCCCAAGCAGGGGCUGUGGAGGGAAAUCUCAGUGUGUGGGGACGUGUACGCCCUGCGGGAGACGCGCUCUGGGCCGAGCCGCGGCAAACUGGCCGAGGGUGAGAGCAGUGCGCUGCGUGACGGCUCCCUGGUCGACCUGUGUGGGGCCACCCUGCUGUGGCGUACAGGCGAGGGGCUCAUGCGCGCGCCCACUCUGCGUCACCUGGAGGCCCUUCGCCAGGAGCUCAACGCGUCCCGGCCCCAGUGUCCCGUCGGCCUGAGCACCCUGGCCUUCCCCAGCCUGCCACGCAGCCACAGCCUGGAGGAACGUCAGCCGUGGGUCUACCUCGCCUGUGGCCACGUCCACGGACGCCACGACUGGGGCCAGAGGUCCGAGGGGCAGCAAGCGCCCGUGGAAGGUGAGGGCUCCACAACACGCAGAGAAUGUCCCCUGUGCAGGAGCGUGGGGCCCUACGUGCCCCUGUGGCUGGGCAGUGAGCCUGCGGUGUACGUGGACGCCGGGGCUCCCACUCACGGCUUCGUGCCGUGCGGCCACGUCUGCUCGGAGAGGACAGCCAGGUACUGGGCCGAGACCCCUCUGCCGCACGGGACUCACGCGUUCAGGCCCAUCUGCCCCUUCUGUUCCACUGCUCUCAGCUCUCCUGGCUGGACUCGGCUCAUCUUCCAGGGCCCCAUCGACUAGAUGCUACAACACAACAACCACCGUCACAGCAACAAGAAAAUACCUGAGCUUCAUUCAAGUAGCAAGAGUUGACCAGUAGGGAAAAAAAUCCUGAUUAUUAAAGCGUUUUCACCCUUUGGGUGUGGGACAAACGCCAGCAUUGCUACUGAAUGCAGCUGAGGCCUGAGUAUUCCUUCCCCUUGUUUAUCCUUGGAUGCUUGCUGAUUAGUUUAAAGUCAGGACAGAGUGAUCAGCAGUUCUCAGAAGUAACGUUGUACUGUAUAUACACAGGGGCUUCAAUGCUGCUCCUUCACAUACCGCAGACAGGUUCCCUCUAUUGUCACAACCUUCCAUUUCUGGUAUAUUUGUCUGAUGACACAUUUAUGCUCACUUUGUGGUCUCAGCAGGUUGAUCGGCGGCAGUGGGAGGUUAAACGGUGAGAGCAGACUCGUGCUUCCAUGCUGCUUUUCAAGCCCCUAGUGAUUCAUCAGGGCAAAUGUGUUAACUACUGUUUAAAUCAGGCUGUUUUGGGUAUAUGCAGUUUUCAUCCGUUCACUUCCCACAUCAUUUCCAUGCUAAUCUAUGCAGAGAGAUCCCCCAAAUGAGGCCCCUGGUGUAGUAUUAGAUAGGAACGGUGCCCAGCAGGCUCUUUUAUUAGCACUGAUGCUCCAAAGGUGAGAUUAAAUCAUACAUGAAUUAACCUGAUCAUCAUACAGUCAGAAGAUAAACAAGGGCGAGGAAUAAACCUGGGAAAACACACUUCAUAACUCUUUUAAAGCAAUAAUAGCACUCCCCUAAAUAAGCUAGAUGUUGUGCUGUGUUUGGUCAGUGGUCACUUUAAACAAGACUAUAAUGGUUUCCAGGUUAAGGGCUCAACCAGAGGCGUAUUCAAUAGAGUUCUUUCCCAUUCACGGUCCCAGACCAGUGGUCUACGUGUGUGUGACGUAACCAAAGCAUUAGAAUUUAGAGAUGUACAACUGAAUGAGCAACUAAAUAUCUUCAAGUAUCUUAAACAUGUAUUCACAGGGUCGUGCUGAGAGACAUCAGCAGGUUAGGACCGCAGAGGGACAUGAAGGCGUUGGUUUGAACACACUUCUGGUUACCGAAUUAUGCUAAACAGGGUCCGUUAGCACCAUGGCGUGUCAAGAAGAAUUAACGUUGCGUAACCUCAACAGAAAAAACACUUUUGUUUCAAAGAAGACUAUUUUGUUAGAAAAUGGGUCGUGGGGUUAUUUACGGGAGGGGGGGUUCUUUUAGAUGUUCAGUGUUUAAAAAAAAAAACAGACUAUUUUUCUAACUAACCAUUGGUUUUAGUUAACUGUUGUUACUCAGUGUAAGCGAGUUCUGUAUGUUCCUGAAUAUCCUCGUGUGGUAGAUGUAGGAGAGCUUGUGGGUGAGAACAACGUUGCCAACACUGUGUCCAACAAACACACUUAACACACAGCUACCGUAAAGCAUUGCCCAGACAAUGAAUGUAGCCAAAUACUCGGGCUAUAUUUAGCCUUCCCUGGUGCUCAUAUUGAAUGGUCUAUAUUGUGAUACUAUUUUUGUAACUAAAUAUUAUGGUGUAGCUUGGUAAAGUAGCUUGAAGAAGUGAUCGUUUCGAUAAUAGCCUCAAAUACGGAAGCUGUAUAACUGACAACACACUCACUCGCUCACUCGCGCGGAACCUGCGUCUGGCUUGCAUGUGCCGAACGUACACAUCCAGUAUCCACACUACACACACGCACACACUUAUGCUAAGCGUUUGCACGGUGGAUCAAUUGCCAACCUGCUACUACUCGUACUCAGAGCGUUUGCCGCAGACCAAAAUGUCUUCCGAGUCCUCAGCUGCAGUGUUUUUUUCAGUUUUCUCUACAAAGGAAAAAAAAAAAACUCAUGCUUGAUAGAUGUGUGAUGUUUGUGAAUGAGAACUAACAAAUCCCACUUUGUACUGCUAUGCUAAUGAUUUCCACCAGACUACGCCACUUAUUUAGUUAGUAAUGCUAACUAAAGCAUAAUUAUCCGUCUAAAUACGCUCCCCUGACAGUGACGGGUUGUUGACGACGCAGUGUUGAUAAUUACUGUAGCUCAGGAUCAGUGGAGCCAGAUCCACGGCUCGCAAGCGAAGGAACACCGCAGGAGAGACCUCCAGUCAAACGUUGGGGUAGGUCGCCACAGGUCUAGGAUCAGUCACAUACGGGUCUUACUGUAAAGGGAAGAGGCGCAACCAGGCUGCAAACACAUGUCGCUCAGCUGCCCUUCGCUAAGCCACCAAAUCCAGAGAUUCAUGCUUUUGAAGAGAAUAUAUACAACAACUAAUAUACCACCAUUGGCAUGUGGAUGGAAGAACUGUUGCAGCACCAUCACUGGCAUCAACCUGACGUGUUUAAGUCUGUUUUCUGUUCUUCACUAUUUGUUUUCUGUUUUAUUGGAGCCUUUGGGUUUUAGUUGUUCACAAGCGAUUUCCUCUUUUUGUUUAGUUAGUGUUGUUGUACGUUCAGGCCAACAUCAGUAGCUCUUUCUUAACUUUAUUGUUUUAUUACAUGUAUUAGAACCAGAUGGCAAAACCUCAAGAACUCAUCACAAUAUAGGUGAGUGAGUAGCAGACAUAUAGUUUAUGUUACAGCGCAGAGCCUCACAAUAAACCAUGCAUUCCUUUAAAAAGCAUCAGUGUUAUGUACAGCUGUUUUGUAUUAUUUUAUAUCAUAUUCCUCUGUAAUUGUCCGGUGCACAGACAAUCGCUAUACACAUGUCAAUAAACCAGUUAAAAAGUAAA